GAACAAACUGGCUUGGGUAAAUGAUGAGGGAUUUGGAAUCAACAGAUGCCAAAUAUGCAGAAGAAAUGGAAGAAAGAAGAAAUGCUGAAAAGAAGCUAGAGACAUUUUCACCUCUCGAAUUUGGAGAUUCUGGCAUAUAUGAGAGGAUGAAGAAACUGCCUUCCAGAAGAAUUAUAUUAACCCGUCUGCCACCUCAUCUCCUGCCCCCAUCUAUUCUCCAAAGCAAGGCUAAGGUGAGUCUUCUCCUCUUCUCUAAAAGGAACCCCAAAGACACGGCUGUCUCCUAUCACCACUUCUACAACAUGCCACUGCUGCCAUCCUUCACCUGCUGGGAUGAGUACUUUCCAGCCUGCAUGAACGGGAAAUUGGCCUGGGGAUCAUACAUUGACCACUUAGUCGAAUGCAACAAAUACAUUGACCACGAGAGGAUCAUGAUGAUAAGCUAUGCGGAACUCAAAGAGGACCCAGUACUGGGAAUGAAAAAGAUUGCUGCCUUCUUUGGAUUCUCCCUGUGUGAGGAAGAUUUUCACAGAAUUGCUAAUACCAGUUUCCAAGCUAUGAAAGAGAAAUCCAAGGAAACCCAUGGACAGUUUGGGGACAUCCUCUUCUGGAAGGGGGUUGUUGGGAACUGGAGAGACCUCUUCUCUAAAGCUCAGAAUGAAGAAAUGGACCAAAAAUUUGAAGAGUGCCUAGGAGGAACAAAGCUGGCAGCAAAGAUGAAAUAUGAUGCGUACUGCAGGGCCUGA